UCGAGUCGAAAUAUGAAAUUGAAUCUAGAAAAAUAGUCGAAAAUAAGUCUCUGAAAACAUGUCCGACCGAAGAACAAGGAAGCCAUCGUACUACAUUAUUAGCGAAAAGAUAAUUCGAAAUUUUAUAACUAAGUUUCUCAUACUCUUAAUCUUACUUUGUUGCACGCACAUAAUCACAGAUACUGUAGUGCCGAAGUACGCCUAUUUCAGUUACAUCCAAACAGAGCAUGUGUUCGUCGAAGAAAACAACUAUAUGGGAAACGAUGACUUGAGCGAGGAGGGCGAAAGCCCAAGAUUUCCAUACCUCUUCAACAUGGGCUUAGUAGUGGGUCUGCCUAGAAUACGACAGAUACGCGUCAGGGACAAACAAUGUACGCAUAAAAUCGACCUUGACAGUAUCAAAAUGAAAAAAUGUUAUCCAGUUUAUUCAUCAAGAAAUUCAUUCAAAGGAACUUAUAAAGACGUGAAGUACGUGGCAGAUGCAAUACAAAUUCCAAAAACCUUUUACACCUAUGAAGGCGGAGGAUUCUCAGUCAACCUGGGCCACGACUUCAUCGAGAAUAUGAACACCUUGAACAAUCUAAUGAACGCCGACUGGAUCGAUUCGGCUACACGUCUAGUUGUUAUAGAAAUGAAUGUCUACUUCGAUGGCAUCGAUUUUUUUCAUCUCAUUAAAUUAGUGUUCGAAAUAAUGCCGACGGGGAUUGUGGUGCCCUCAGUGCACAUACAGUGGAUACCCCAAAACACCUUCCUAACUCUGGACGUCUUAUCCAUGUGCGCGGGCGGCGUCUUCUGCUUGAUUGCUAUAUACUAUACUUAUGUGGAAAUUACCGAAAUUAUUUGGAUUGGUCCGAAGGCCUAUGCCGGAAAUGUAUAUAACUAUAUUGACUUCUUUUUCCUGACUUCAGCAUACGCCGUGUUUGCCUACAACGUUUGGCACAUCUUUCAGAUUAGAAGCAUCCAAAAGGCAUUCCUGGCAAAUCGCUUUAGAUAUAUCAAUAUGGAUGAUUUGCUUCUGGGCUGGAAAACAUAUAUACAAGUGCUGGGAGUCAUGAACUUUAUGGCCUGGCUAAAGCCCAUGCGGUUCGUCUCCUUCCACAGGUCAAUUCAACAGGUGUUGUCUGCUGUGCGCGUGUCCUUUAAGAGUAUAGUCAGCCUAUGUUUGCUCUGCUUGAUCAUAACGGGUGCAUUUGCCCAAUUGGGCUGCAUUGCAUUUAGCCAGGUGCAUCAGGAAUAUACCACGGAGUUCGCCUCGAUCAUUGCCCAAAUCCGCUUUCUCAUGACCGACAUAUCCUAUACAUCUCUGGAGGACGCCCAUCCGGAUCUGGCGCCAUUCUUCUUUGUCGUCCUUGUCGUGGCCACCUAUUGCAUAAUACUGAAUUUGUUCAAAGCCAUUUACCUGAGCGCCGAAGAAGAUGUCAAAAGGCAGCUGAUCGUGAACGAUUAUAAAGUGAUUCGCAUGCUACUGCAGGGCUUCAAGUAUUACCUCUGCUUCUGGCGCAAGCUCAGCUCCGAGGAGAUACACACAGUUGAGAUGCGACAAGAACAGGACAAUUUGCCUGACAAAGACGUGAAUGGGAAGCCAAAGUACAUUUAUCAGGUGGAGCCACUUAUUAAACUGCGCGAGCAACUGGCACUGGAGUCCGAACGUUGCACGCGUCUUGAGGAAAUACUUGAGGUAUUUGUGGACACAAUCGAGAAUAUUGAACAGCUGCAAAAGCCCAAGAAAGUUAAGAAGAAGCACAAUUAA